UUUUGACCGACGGCUUAGAGAACAGGGCUCCGUAUAUCAAGGAGAUCAAGCCAGAUAUUAUCGCGGCAGAUGUGAAAGUUGUGACCAUGGCGAUGGGAGAGGAGGCGGAAGAGGAGCUUGAGAACCUGGCAGCAGAUACAAAAGGGAGUCACUACUUUUUUCCUGACCGCGCAGGAAGUACGUCAAGGGCCUACAUCGAAAGAGUCAACAGUCAGGCACACAAGAUCCUGAAUCAUCAGCUGGAGCUCACCAUUCCCCAUGAGACUGCGAAAAUACACACCAGUGAACCAGUGAAUAGUACGGCCACAUCUUGCAGUGAAAUUAUGCCAGGAACAGCAGCAUUCAAAGCCGAUGCGGGGAUGUUUCAUCGUGACGACACAAACAAGUUUGACAACGUGGUGGACAUCUCCCAGUCUGCUAACACCAAGUGCAUCUCUGACGCCGGUUACGAUUCCAACAUCCGCAUGCAGAUGGCAUUUCUGGACUCCCUAGAUUAUGACAUGAACGACCCUCUCAAGCCAAUCUAUGUCAUGUCGAAAGUGAAAAGUUUCUGGGGAAUUCUGCGAGAACCAUUCAUUCUUGAUCACGAUCUAGGAAACAACACAGUCGUAACUGUAAGCCGUGCCUCUGCGGGAAACUUCUCAUUCACUACGUGGUUGAGAGACCCCACUGGACGGAGAUGUCGGAACUGCAGAGUGGAUGGUAGUGGACACAUGAAAACAGUUACCAUCCCAAGUCCUGCCAAGGCAGGUACCUGGACGCUUCACGUGCUGACGCCAAGCAAGACACCAGUCAUUGUCAACAUGCUGGUCAUGUCGCAAGUAAGAGAGGUCAACAGUAAGCCGAUAGUGGCUGCGUGCGAAAUGUCGGAGGAGGAGAUCACCGAACCAAAGGAUGCCGUCCUACUGGUUGAUGUUAGUAAAGGCGAAAACGUCGUCCUCGAUGCAAGUGUCACAGCUGUAGUCAUCAACAGGAAAGGAUUUAAGUGCCCGGUGCCGCUGUGGGACAAUGGCGAUGACCCGGACAUUAUGAAAAACGAUGGUACCUACAGUGGAUAUUUCACAAAUUUCAUGGGCCCGGGUCGGUACUCUGUAAUGGCCUACAUUUCUGGAAACAAGAAGACCAGUCAGGCGUACCGUAGGCUCGGUUUCCCCCCAGACGCCACUGUCUCGGAUGGGAACCGCAAACGCCUUCUAUCAAAGGAAGUACCAAUCAGACAAGCACCGGCUGACUACAAGUUCAAGGAUACCCUGCUAGGCGACAUGGUACCAACGCACCCUUUCCAAAGAGUCGUAGUCGGCGGCUCCUUUAAGGUCACCAGCGAUCUGAGGCAGACUGAUGUUCCACCAAGUAAAAUCAGGGACUUUAGAGUCACCGAUGGGUACGUUGAGGCGGAUAGUACGCCUAUUGUCAGACUACAGUGGACAUGGCCCGGCGCUCAUAUGACCCAUGGAGUAGCUGAGUCAUUGCAGAUCAGAGGUGGCCCUCAGGGUGACAACCUUCCUGCAGACUUCGAAAGCUAUGAGGUUAUCACCAACGUCGUGAGAGGCGAUCUUGACCCCCGACCUGGCGGCUCGAAGCAUGACGUCAGCAUCGCACUUCCUCGUGAGUGGGCGACGACGAGUCCUGGCGACGAAGAAUUGAAGCUGAAGGCAUUCUUAGUGGCAAGAGUUACUAACGCCUAUGGACUCAAGUCGGAGACAUCGAAAAAAGCAUUUGCAGAGUUUAGCACUUUAAAUUCGACCGCCCAGUCGCGCACAACAGCAGGGGGCACCACCCCUCGAAGGAGGACCCAUGCAGAGUUGGGACCAGCGAGCAAAACAACACCCCAGACAAGAACCACAGGAGAAGUGGAUGAUGCGAGCAAGAAUGAGGAACCGUCCGCCAUCCCUUGGAUGCUGCUGGCACUAAUUGCCGUGCUAGUUAUGAUGUCCAUCAUUAUUUUACUGCUGCUCAGAGGGCAGUCGAGUAGCUUUGCCGGAAAUCAGAGCACCAUGAUGAAGACAGGCCCAACGGCUACGACAAGCUAGCACGCUGCAUGGUUUUUGGUCAAAAAUAAAACAAAGGGACCGAGCACAAUGCUAGCCAUUCAAUAAACCACUUGCUAGAC